GCCAAUAAUCAGCCAGUGUGUUGUAACACACUAGGAUAGCGCAUAUGCGGCAGCAGCCCAACGCCACCAGCACAACAGGAACGCAUCGGUUUCGUCAAUUACUGGCCUCCGCGAGCCUCACGGACGCUUUUUUUGCAGCCCUUCGCGUGAGAACCGCAUCUGUGAUCAGGGGGCUGCACAGACACCAGCCAGUACCGAUGCCUUCCCGCCCCACACGACUGCUCGUUCUACUGCUCCGAACGACCCAAUGUCAUGCCUUCUUCGAGGCGAGUCGCGAGUCCGCGGGCGGAGUGAUCGAAGUAGACGCGGAGUCGUGGGCCGCCACCGUCGUCGCGUCGGAAAAGCCUGCAUUCGUCAUGUGGUACUCACCGACGUGCCCCCACUGCCGCCGCUUCGGCCCGCACUACGCGGCGUGCGCCGAGGCCCACGCGGGCCCGCGCUAUUUUAGGAUCGACGCCGACGACAACGAGGCCCUGGCCGACGAGCACUCCGUCUCGAAACUACCGACGUUCCAGUUGUACCGGAACGGAGAGCUCGCGUCGACCUUCCGGGGUCGGCCCGACGAGGCGGCGCUGCUGUCUUGGGUGCGGAGCGAGGCGCCCGCCUUCGCCGUGCGCGAUCUGUAACACUUCUGUAACUACUAGUACUGUCUUGUGAAUCGGCGACGCGCGGUGGAUAUCUCCUCCCGUAACACCG